GGGAAACAAUGUCAUUGUUGAAGAAGAAUCAAAAGGACUGAACCCUUCAUUGAUAGUUCUGUUAGUCAUCGUUACUUUACUCCUGCUAUUUUUCGUCGGAAACUACGCUCUCUACGUGUAUGCCCAAAAGACACUUCCGCCGAAGAAGAAGAAACCCAUCUCCAAGAAGAAGAUGAAGAAAGAAAGGCUCAAACAGGGCGUUUCUGCACCUGGAGAAUAAAUAAUAAACUCUGCUCAUUGAGUCUCUAAUCCAUAUCUUUCAUGUCAGUUUAUAUUUCCUGAAGAAAUUGUUAGGUGUGGACUGUGUAAGAUAGGUAUUUAAUUGCAGCAUUGCAUCAUGUCA